CUGCACUCGAGCUGCAGAUACAGUUUGUCCCUGGACUGCUUUCAGGUUAAUGAUUGCAACUCCUCUACCAGCAUCAAGCUAAUGUCAAUGCGGGAGGAUCCGGCCGACAGACCAGAACAUGGCGGACGAUGUGUCAACAAAUCCCCUUCCCAAUGCUGUGUCCCGUCCGGUAUUCCCUCAAGGUCCCGGCUUCACACUCGAAGACUUCUCUAGCCGUGAUUUCAUCGUGAAGGAGUUUAUUGAAUCCCUUUCCGAAAACGCAGUAAACACUCGGCGACAUACAGGAGCUUCAGGAAAUGGAAACCAGCCGUUUGACCCCAAACCGCUGAUUCGGACGUUUGAGCAUGCGCAGCGGCGACUAGGUGAUAUAUCAGGCGACCUCGAGAUAAGAGAAAAUGAACUAUCUGCUGCAGUCCGCAGGGCAGAGGCACAGCACACUCAGAAUCUGAACACCCUAGGACGAAAACUAAGUCAAACCAUCGAAUCUUUCCAGCAACUCGAUACGUCGCUCAAUGGUGCAGGGUUAUCCGGAGGAGAGCUUUCCGAGAGCACAGGCAACAUGGCUGUCGAGACAGGACGUAAGCUUGAGGAAUUAGAUCGUCAAAGGCGUCGGGCGCUUGACGCAUAUUUUCUCCUCGAAUGCUGGGAUGGUGUGAGCAACAGAGGGGAGUUAACCCUUUUGGAGAAUUUGAGGAGGUCAGGAACAGGUGAGGCCAAGGUUCGAUCGGCACAGAUUGCGCGUCAGUUGCUCAGAAUCAGCCAGCGACUUGACACUGAAAGUUGGAGUGAAGUAGCGGGAAGACAUAACGGGUCCUACGCAAAUGGAACUAUGGCAGAUGAGUCUGGGAGCACAAAGGGCAAUAGUAUUCGGCCAAACACGCGAGAAAUUAUCGAGAAGUUCUCCGAGACGCUAGAGAAUGACUUGCUGAAGCAAUUCGAUGAUUUCUACAGAAAAGCUAAUUUUGAAGGCAUGAAGGAUUGCGCUACAGUACUUCGAGAUUUCAACGGUGGUGCAAGUGUGAUUGCUUUGUUCGUGAACCAACAUCAAUUCUUUAUUGACCGCAGCCAGCUGGUGACCGAAGAAGUCGGAGGGGAUCCAGAAGCCUGGGAAAUGCUUGCAGAUCCCGACGCUGAACCGUCAAAAGUGGAGCCCAGUCUACAGUCACUCAUUGAUGAGGUAAAAGUUGUGGUGCAAGAAGAGUCCGCGAUCAUCAAAAGGGCCUUCCCGUACUACGAACAAGUACUCGGAAAGUUUCUGCAGCGAGUUUUCCAGCAGUCGAUUCAACAAAGACUCGAGAUGGUCUUGGAUAAGGCGAACGGUGUCUCAUCACUAGCGUUUCUACGUGCUCUACAAAGUUCUCGCAGUUAUCUGAGCGCCUUAGUUGAUGACUUGAAAGCUCAUGGAUUGACCGAACAUCCCGACCCUAUCUCGUCACAUACAGCCCUCAUUCUCGAUCAGCAACUGGAGGAUCUGUUUGUGCCCUAUUUUGUGGGUUCGUCUUACAUAGAAAGAGAGAGAAGGAAUUUGGAAGAAUUAUAUGCCUCCUUACAAUUCAGGUUCACCACUUUCCACGCUCGCAGGAAGAAAGCAGUGACAACGUUUAUGGCAUCUCUCUCAAAAUCAGGCACGGAGGUUCUUGUCUCCGCAAGAGAUGCAUAUAUUGCACGCCUUGAGUCCUCCGAGUUUCCCGCAAUACAGAAGAUGCUCUUACUCCGAUUGGCAGGUCUGAGGGAAGCCACUGAUCCCAGUAAACCUACAGACAUCAAGCUUACAGAAGAUGACGGUCUCCCAAAUAUUGCUCAUGCAAAGAGAAUGCUCAAAUGGCUUGCCGAAGCAGUUGGUAGAGGCUUAGAGCUCAGCAUGACUAGCGAGACGCCCAAGGAUAUGCUUGCUCUUCUGAGCCUUCUUCUCUCCAUGAUGGGAGAAGGCUACAUUGAAGUUUGUUUAGACGCCGCUCUGGAUGUAGCCGCAUCCCAGGAAUCAGGUAGAACUGAGCCUGAUUUCGGGUAUAUACCGGCUAUUCGGAACGCUAUCAGUGUCGCCAACUUGAUGGUCAUGUGCAUUAACACAUUGCUUAUCCCUCUUGCCGCAGGCAGUAUCACAAUUCGUCGAGAAAUGGAGAGAAAAACGAACCUGAUCACUAUACGAAUUGAAGAGAAGAUAAAUUCCAUAGAGCAGAAGGUCAUUGAUGCGACGUUAGCCUGGGUGAACAAACUUCUUUCUGGUCAGAAGAAAAAUGACUUUCGACCUAAGGAGGGUGACAAUGCAACUUGGUUAGAGAGGCUACAAACACCGACAUGUGCGUCAACUUGUACCUUCUUGGCUCGUGCGCAUAACGUUCUCAAGGGCUCGCUACCACCUAGUGGCUCUAAUCUCCGCCAGAUGCUUACAGAGAUUGCUGUUGGAACAAGAAUUCUUCUCCUUGAACAUUUCAAGCGGUUUGUUGUGAAUGGGCCUGGAGGUCUCAUUGUAACCAAGGAUAUGACACAGUAUACGGAUCUGUUAAAAAGCUGGGAUAUUGAGGAGCGGGUAAAGGGCCCGGGGGGUGCGCUAGAUGUCUUACUGGAAGUCGGAAACCUUUUCGUCGUUGGCUCUGAAGCAUUGCAGGAGCGGAUAUGUGGCGGCGCGGUCAGCGCUGCUGGCGGAAAUUCUGGUAAUGGCCAUGCCACUACAAGCCCAGGACGCAGCAUUGGAGGUACCACUCAAGAAGAUACAGGCCUCAGUGUCCAGGAAGUCAGGGCUUAUGUCUCUCGCAGGGAGGAUUCUAACACCGCUGCUUUGCAAGUCGUGCUCAAUAAUCUCUGAUAUGAAUAGCAUCGAGACCUAAAAUAAU